AUGUCUACGCCUGAGCGCGCGGAGGAAGAGUCAAUCCGUAAGAUGUCCCUGUGUAACACGUGUGGUUCCUUUGACUGUCGAUGUGAUGGCGAUGAGGUAGACGACGAACGUUGUAUUAACUGUGACAAGUUUAUAUGUGCUUGCCCGAAGUCUGAUGAUCGCGAUGAUACCCUGCAGGUUACCGAAGAGUCUGAGCUCGUGACAGUUACGGAUGAGGUAGCAGAGCCCUGUGACAGCAUGGACGUGUUACAGGACAAUGUUGAUGUACAUGAUGAGGACGCUGUUCUCUCAGAAGUAGAUAAUACAUCGUUCAUAGUUAUUCAAGUUAUAUUUUAUUGUUCGGCACAAACUCAAAAUAUUCGAUUGUACAAUAACAUAGUACUGAUCAAGAAUUACAGUGGAGCAAUACGGAAACAUCUGGAAAUGGCAAACGAAAUGAAAGUUAUGUCUGUGAUAACCGAUGCGACUCAUGGAGAUUCUAACUGGACGGACUACUUACCUGAAUGUCCACCAAACCCACCAAGACUUGUUGGUCCUCUAGCAACAUACAAAAAUUCCCCAUCUUUGGAAAAAAUGGAGCUGGAACUUAAAUAUCUAAAGCCAGGUGGACACUUCGAACCUCAGGAAUGUCGAACUAACCAACGAGUGGCUAUAGUGAUACCCUACCGAAACAGGGCAUCACAUUUACGUACGCUUCUCUACAAUCUCCAUCCAAUGUUGACGAGACAACAGCUGAACUAUACUAUCUUCGUUAUCGAACAGGCUGGAACGAAUACGUUCAACAGAGGACUUCUGAUGAAUAUUGGAUACGUCGAGGCAAUGAAAUCUGAACAGUUCAGAUGUUUUGUUUUCCAUGACGUUGACCUCAUUCCCGAAGACGAUCGUAUCUACUACGGUUGUGGAAAUGGUCCACGUCACCUCUCAGCAGCCAUAGAUAAAUUCAACUAUAGGCUGCCCUAUCAAUCCAUUGCCGGUGGAGUCACUCAACUACGACGAAAUGAUGUUGAAAUAAUAAAUGGUUUCUCCAACUUAUACUUUGGUUGGGGUGGUGAAGAUGACGACUUAUCUGUCAGAUUAAGGAAUGCCUCUUUGAAGAUACAAAGAUACAGUAUGACGAUUUCGCGCUACAAGAUGAUAAAACAUACCAAAGAAAAACACAAUAUGCCUAAUCCUAAAAGGAUGACGUUGCUAGCCGCUGCUACUAUGAGAAUGAAAACUGACGGGAUCAACAGUCUGAAAUAUAAAGUGUUAAAUAUAACCAGGGGGACGCUGUAUACUAAUAUCCAGGUCGAAAUAGACCAGAAAGAUUACGCCAUAUAG